AUGAGCUCGAGUCAGCAAUCUGAGGAAAGCAGGAAACUGAUUCAGCAAAUGUUCCAGAAGGCUCGUCAGAGCACAUCUGCAAUGGUCCAAGAGCAUCUUUCUAUCGAACAAGAACGUACAUAUAGAUUUAAGAAUACGAAGAAAGGAAUCCAAGAGAAAUUUAAAGAAAUUGAUGAGAAAAUUGAAGAUGACAAAGCUGAAUGGGGUGAUGCCUGGGAUAAUGUUUUGGCUCAGACAAAUCCAGUUGAUUUCGAUAAAGAACUUCGUAAAACAAGGGAGCAGUGCGAAAACGUUAUUGCCAUGAAGCUUGCAUUCGUCAAGCAAUUAGAACAAGAAGUUAUGAAAAGAGAUCAUGAGUACGUUAAUAAGAUAGCAGCACAGAAUCUCCAAAUUGAUAACAUUGUUAAAACUAUGAGAGACAAUGAAAACAAACUGCGUCAAGAAAUUACCACACAGUUAAACACCGUCGUUCAAAACUACGAACAAUCACGAAGUGCAGAUUCAUAUCGACUUUCACGUGAAGCUAAGGAAGUCGAAGCUAAGCGCCAAGAGAGAGAAAAGGUUCUUCUUCAAGAAGUUACAAAUAUGGCUAUUGCAAACCGUGACGAACUUGAACACAUCCGUCGAGUUAACGCUGAGAAGUACAUUGUCCAGCGUACCGAGUUCGAGUAUCGUCUUCAAGCUGCUCAGAAGGAAUUAGAAGAUUCCCUUGCAAAAUACCACUUUUCCAUGGAACAGUUAGAAUACGAUACUCGUAUUCUCACAGAUAACCAAGGAGAGCACGAUGACAAAGCCAAGCAGCAAGCUAAAAAGAUUUCACGUCAAAAGGAUACAAUUCGCAACCUCAAAGCCAAGUACUACGAUGAAGAAAAGCACUUCAAGCACGAGAACCAGAAAACGACCGAUGAAUACAAGAAGAUUGCCGAAAAUUAUCGUAAACUACAAGAAAGGUUCCGUAAAGUCGCUUUUGCCGACUUCAAUGCAUUCAGAGAAGUCUGGAACUACAACGAGAAGCGUCUUCACGACCUUGUUCUCAAAGUUAUCGAUGCGAAUCAAAUUAUUACUUCACAACAACUCGGCAAGGAAGUUCCUCCUGUCAAUCCAGAGUAUGUUGCCCGUCUUAUCAUCGGCACAGAAGAAUUUGAGGACCUUACGAAGACUCCGCAAGCUCCAGCAGAAGUCAAAGAAGAUUCAGCCACAGAAAAGACCACGACAGGACUUAUUUCGGGCAAAAAACUCUCAGAGAACCUUGAGCAUCUUUGGCGCCUUGUCUCCGAUGAAGUUGGUUUCCUUGUUGACGAACGUGUCAAGAAUCUUAUUAAUCUUCCAGAAGACGAAGACCCCGAGACAUCAAUGAUGAAGAUCCGUGUUGACCUUUUGCUCCAAGAUUUAGGCAUCACUUCCGAUGAAGACGCCGCUCAAUUACUUUCUUAUUUCUUGAAAGAUACAGAAUUCGAACUCGAAACUCCAGGUUUCGUUCGUCCACAUGAAGUUCUUGAAGGUCUCCGUCGUUUCGUCGAAGCUUAUCACCCAAGUACACAACAGAACCAGACAAGUCUUUUCGGCCAAAUCACAGCCGAUGCAACACAAAACACAUCAUCCGAAGUUGCCAGAGCCAUCAUCCAAUUGCAGCAGAAGAUGAAGAAGGAGUUGCCUGACCAGCUCAAAUUCAUCGAGAAGAAGACUGAUGUUGUCACCGAUGAAAUGGAAAGAAUAUGGAAGACGGCAUUCAAAGUCAUGCAGAGAUACGUCACAGAACUUGAAGAACGUGCGAAAUUGAUCGAAGAAACAGAUGCACUUAAGCGCCAGAACGAAGAACUUGAACAAAUCUUGCAGAACUCAAUCGAAUCAGAGCAAAAUGAUCAACUCAUUUAUGCUCCACAUGAAACUGUUGACUUCUAA